AAACCCAAACACUGUGCGCUUAGAAUUGUGGGUAAACAUGUCUGCGCCCUGUCUCCAUCCCGAGGACCACCUUACCAAUGCGAUAACUGAGUUAUUCUAAUUGUAAAGCAAGAGCCUCUAGCUACAGAACAGCGGACGGUUUCGUUUGAACAUUCAUUCUGAAAAUGUCGGAGAAUACCCAGAAGGACGGCGUCUCUGGAAAUGGGCUCUCAAGAGCUGUGAUUGCCGAAAUGCUGGCGAAUAAUUUCGAGAGACUGCCUGACAUUGAUCAGAAAAUCUUCAUCUAUGGACCCAUGUAUCUGGGGGGAAAUGGUGGCCUUGCAGGAUUGAUAUCCAACAGCUUGUAUCGCAGAGCUCUGAAUGUCACACAGGCGCCCAUCGCUUCCAGCCUGCCGAUGGCCGUGCUGCCCUUCCUCACAACAUUUGCCCUGUACAACGCAGCAGUGUCCGGCCCCCUCCUGUCUGGUGACCUCAACUGUCCCACCUGUGCCCUGAUGCGAGGUGCACUUGUUGGUGUGGUCGGUGGGGGGGUGUACCCCAUCCUCCUGGCCUUACCUGUGAAUGUUGGGCUUGCAACCAGGUACAGCACAGCACCGAUGCCAGAGAAGGGCAAUCUGCUCCGGUACUGGGCGGACCUCUCCAGGCCGAUCCUGAGGAGAAUGAGGGCUGUACUGGUGCUUCAGGUUUUCUUCGGCACUUACCUGAGCUCCAGGCACUUUGAAACCUACACCAAACUUGCUCAGAUAACAUUUGGCUCAGCUGGAGAGGAACUCAAAGACUAAAAUGCACUCACCCUUAAAAUAAACAUGUUGUUUUCAUUGAUAAGCGUGCGUUGUAUGCUUCACCACAUUCACAAUCUCAUGUGGAAUAUGCCUGAGAUUUCCUCCCACAAAUAAAAUUAGGCGUGGGCUACCUUUCUAAAAUUGCUGGUAUGUCAAAAUGAACAUUCAAUUAUUUGCAUAAAUUCACAGCUUUAGAUUACAAGUUAGAUAAUCUGUUACUUGUUAAAGUCCUUUUAUAAAGCAUAAUGACAAACAUUAUAGUUCCAGUCUCUCAAAUGUGCAGAUGUAGGCUGUUGCUUUUCUGUUUAAUAACCUUUUUAAUUCAAUAUCUUUGGAUUUUGGACUGUUGGUUGAUCAAAACAAGCAAUUUAAAAGAGAAAUUGUGAUGUGCAGCUUCCACUAUUUUGCGACAUGUUUCAGACAAAACAAUUAACUGAUCAAUAAUACAUACAGUACCAGUCCAAAGUUUGGACAUGCUUUCCCACUCAAUGAAUGAAAGUGUGUCCAAACUUUUGCCUGGUACUGAUAUAGUAAAGAAAGGCCUUUGAAGAUAGUGUUUAAAAUGGGGCUGCAAUUGACUGCUGAUUGCCUAAUUAAUUUGGCUUUUGUCACUCAGCUUUGACUUAUGUCUGAAUUGCAGAAAUCUUGCAAGGCAUGGACUUUAAUGCAUUUUUGUUCCUCAUCAAACAUUUAGAAAAUGUCUAAAUGCAAAUGACAAAGUGGUUUUUCAUCAAUAAAAUGUCAGGGCUCGUUCAUUAUUU